AAAUAGUUUAUACAUGUGUAAGUUGGUCGAAGAUAAGUACAUGUUCACAAGUGAAUUUAAGUUGAAGUGAGUCAUGAAAUUAGUUUAUGGAAUUACAUUAAGCACACUAGUUCUAGUGAUAUGUAGUGCUAACAUCUGCGAAGACCGUAACAUUAAAGGAUGUCAAAAACUAGCUGCCAUCAAACAAGACAUGUGCCAGGACAACUGUAUGACAACUCUCUGUCCGAGGACAUGUGGACUGUGUCCUUUGACAUGCUAUUCCUGUGAUCAUGUAGAUCACCCUUCGGAUUGUCAUCACAUACUCCAAUGUACAAACAUGACCAUGUCCUGCAUUGUAAGCCAAACAGUUACAGCUUCUCUUGAGAAAAAGUUCCAGCUUGGAUGUGUAGACAACCUGGUAUGCAAUGAUUUGUACGGUGCUAUUCCAAACCGCACGCAGUCGAGAGGUAGACGAGAUGUUGAUUUGAUUGGAGGGUGCUGUUCGUCAGACUUGUGCAAUAAAUACAACGAACCUGAUAAAAUAUCCGCCCCUACUAUAAAUCCGGUCCAACCUUCCGGUAAAACAAACGGAUUUAGCGCUGCCUGUACCGAGAUGGACUCGGAAGUUUGUCGAUAUUUUUCGGAAAACAAUGGGUGUAACCUGACUUGUGUGGCCUCUUUGUGUCCACAGACCUGCGGCAAAUGUUCUCUGACAUGCUAUGAAUGUGCAAGUGUUGACUUGCCCGGGCAAUGCAGAAACAGAAUUAUGUGUGAUGGCCAUAAGGAAAGUUGUAUAGCUGUUGAAAGUCACGUGUUCAACUUUAAAGAAGGAUAUAAAUUAGGAUGUGUUGCUAAACAGAAUUGUAAGGAUUUAUUAGCAAUGAACAUAGAGGGAGUAUGCUGUGAUAACAACUUCUGCAAUGGGAAUUAUAUUCCGACGACUACUCUCAUUCCACUGACUUCCACAUUAGACACAACAACGGCAUCGGCACAGAGUCAACUUGGUCUUCCAACAGGUUGUACACCUAGUUUUAAACAUGAACAUAAUGAAUGUCCAUCCAAGUUUGUCCGAAAAGGACAAAACUGCUACUUUGUUGGUCAGCACGCAAGAACCAGGCAUGACGCAAUGAAUGUGUGUAAAUAUUUGUGUUCCAGACUAGUUAUUAUUAGCAGCAAAGUGGAAAAUUUGGCAAUAUCACAACUACUUAGUCAGCAACGACAUCAGGCUAAUCGUUACUGGCUAGAUGCCUAUAGAAACUCGUCUAGUUUCAGUGGCCCAUGGCACUGGAGGAGCACAGGUGACAUACUACGACGACACACGUACUCUCAUUGGAGACCUGGAUCACAUGACCAAACCAAACCUGAUGGCGAACAUUGCGCUAGUAUUGGAAAGGCUGAAUCCGGGGACUCUGAUAACGGAUAUUACUGGGACCACAGAAGCUGUACGAUUCAUGCACCUGCAAUUUGUGAAUAUCCUCUAGGGCAUAAACUGUUAAAAAAAAAAUAAAAA